AUGUUCCCCAAAGUCGCACUCACCUCUCUGCUCCUGCUUGCUAUGAGCGUCGCGGCGACGCCUGUCGCCGUCCGCGACACGCUCAUCACGCUUCCGUUCGCGAAACACAUCAACAGUAGCGGUUCUGGAACUAUCGUGCAGCAAGACAAGGCCCGCAUUAAGCAACUCGUUGCGAGGUUCAAUGGUGAUACUGAGUUCCAGGAAGAUGUGGGCUCUGUCCCCGUGACGAACCAGGUGGUUUCGUAUAUCGUUUCGCUUGGCGUUGGAUCUCCGCCGACGAAGUACAACUUGGUCGUUGAUACUGGCAGUUCUAAUACCUGGGUUGGAGCCGGUACGGCAUAUGUGAAGACUUCGACUUCGACUAGCACCGGAGAGAGUGUUAGCGUUCCAUACGGUUCCGGUAGCUUUUCUGGAACGGAGUACACCGACACUGUCACCCUCGGUGCUGGGUUAGUCAUCACCAAGCAGAGCAUCGGUGUCGCCAGCAGUGUCACCGGCAUUAGUGGUGUUGACGGUAUUCUCGGUAUUGGCCCCGUCGACCUGACCGAAGACACUGUCUCUGGCACGUCGACCGUUCCGACUGUCGCCGACAACCUCCUAACUCAGGGUAUCAUCUCGUCGAAGGUCAUCGGUGUCUCGUUUGCCCCCGCGACGUCCGAGAGCUCGGCGAACGGAGAGCUCACCUUCGGCGGUACCGACUCGAGCAAGUACACCGGUUCUAUCACCUACACCCCCCUGACUAGCACCGCCCCCGCUUCGAAGUACUGGGGCAUCGACCAGUCGAUCACCUACGGUACUACCUCCAUUCUCACCAACACAGCAGGCAUUGUAGAUACCGGUACCACCCUCCUCUACAUCGCAACCGAGGCGUUCAACAGAUAUGUCGAGGCCACCGGGGCGAAGCAAGAUGCUCCGACGGGCUUUUAUACGAUCACUGCGGCGCAAUAUGGCGCGUUGAAGACGUUGAACUUCAAGAUCGGCGGUGCCACGUUCGGGCUCACGGCUAAUGCUCAAAUCUGGCCGCGUUCGCUCAACAGCGCCAUCGGCGGAGACCCCGGCACCAUCUACCUCAUCGUCAGAGAUUCUGGAGCCAAAACCGGCUCUGGCCUUGACUUCAUCGAUGGACAGGCCUUCCUCGAGAGGUUCUACACCGUAUACGACUCGUCCAAGAACCGGUUCGGUAUUGCUACUACCGGCUCGACUUCUGCGACGUCGAAUUGA